AAUUGCAUUUUAUAAUUAUUUAGGGCAAAGUAUAGAGAAUAUCAUACCCGGAUGCAAAACUAUCUGGCUUAUGCGGAAUAUGAAAUGAAUGAUAUAAGGAUGGCGAAAGGUUCUAUCAUAUUUGAUGUGCUCAAUCGUUUGCUUCAAAUUGACCUACGUACAAAAACAAUAUGCGUUUUAGUUGUUCUAUCAUUUCUUUUUGCCACAAUUGCAACAUUCACCGAUUUCUGGCUUUAUGACAUGGCGGCAUGGCCUGUGCGUGUCCCUGCACCUGCGGCCAUCACGUCUGAUACAAAGUCAAUCAAAAAUGUCUCCGAAAUUGUGAAUAGGCAAUUCCGUUCUAAUUCUGGAUUGUGGAGAAUUUGUUGCUCAGCAGUUGAGUGUCGCGGUCAAUGCAAGGCACUGAGUGAAGUUAUGGAUAAUAAAGGAUCAAGUACAUCAGCGUACAUUAUUGGUACUCUCCGGGAUUCGAAUGCAUUUCCUAUCAUCAGUAUGCUGCUCGUUCUAUUUGGUGGAAUUUUGUUCUUUGCUGGACGAUUCGUUAUCGAGCCUAAAAAUGCGACGUCGUUAACAGCAGGAGUUUUGUUUGUACUAUCUGGUUUACUAAAUGUUCUUGGCUUGAUCAUUUAUAUUUCAAACAACAAUAAACUGAGUAAACCAGGAGAUUUGCCGUCGUAUGGUUGGUCCUUCUACCUCGCUGGUUUUUCUUUCAUAUUAUCUGAAAUAUCUGGAGUGAUGGUCGUGCAAUCCAAUGUUAAAACUGACAUUCAUGACGACGAAAACAACCCAGACGACACUAAAAUGGAAUUGAACUCAUGCAAAUGCGAGCCUGAAAUAACUACAACAACAUCAAUCCCGAAUCAAUUUCAAAUUAGAGCAUCACGGCCUUCAAGGAUCUGCCAUCAGAAUUCAUCGAUUUUUCGUUCUGUUGACCUCGAUUCUCCGUUUGGAGACGACGACGCUGAAACAGAGAGUAAUACAUCACAAAUUAAGAGAGAACAUGAAGAUUCCGACGCUUCCAUCAAGCUUCGUAACUUGAAUAAAAACAUCCUGGACUCAACAACGACGUUACCAAAUUAUGGAAUCUCAAACGCCAGAAGUGGGUUUUAUGGACUCGAUAGAAUCGAGGAACAAAUUCCAACUCCUAAUUACGACAAUGAAAUGAUGGAAACAACUAGCGGCUCCAGUUCAACGAAACAAACUAUUCGAGCUGAUGUUGAAAUUCCAUCCAUGUUUACCGGGAGGUCCAGAUCAGAUUAUAAGUUGCAGUCGAAUCCUAAAUUCUCCAUGUAUGAAAAUGAUCGUAUGCCUAUGCAAAGCAGUAAAAGUGAACAUGAUUCAGUGAGUAGCAUUUCGAGACAUUUUUCUCUUGAAAGAACUCAUUGCAGACCCCCUCCUCGUCGUCGACGUAACUCUGAAGAUCUUGACCUAACGAGUCUGCCAUUUACUUCUACCGAGAGCAUCCAACAACCUACAAUGGAUUUUGUACUUCCGGCACCUCCGACUUUUGCGGGAAUUAAUGAGGACAAUGUAGGCUCUUCGUUACCACAACAAUCCAUAAGUAUUUUUGACCAAGGCGGGGAAAACCCUAAGCCGCGAAAGCCUAGAACUCGACGUCCGAUUGUACAGAGGAUGAAUACAUUUGAUACACACAGCGACUUAGAUGAGAGAAAUGAUUUUUCAAGUAAAGCAUCACUUUCGUCGAACACCAUACUAGAAGAAGAACCAGUGAAAAGGCGAAAAGUGAGUGACAUUUCACUGAGGUCGCGUGUUCUCCGAUCCUUACAACGAUCGGGAUAUUCCACAUCAACCGAAUCACAAUCUAUUCCCGCCAAUUAUCUAAACUGUGAGACGACAUCCAGUGGUGAGCCAAACAACAGUUCAUUUCGCUGCGACGCAAUUGAAAAACAAGAAGAAUUGUACAACAGGCGGAGUUAUUUACCCCUUUCUUUGCCAGAAGUAGCAUCUUGCAGUCCGCGAUCACGGUCUGGCAUUUCACAGGCUAAAAGUUAUGGCGAUUCCAGCAACGAGAUCGCAUCGUGGUGUGAUCCACGACGUCGAAACGAAACAAGAGGUGAUCCAAAUCGCAUACAGAAUACGAGGAAAAUUCUAAAAGUUGAUGGGGAUUUAUUAGAUCUCCAUCAAAACCGCCAUUCCUAUUACACGCUACCUCACCCCGGCGAACCGUACCACGGAGAGAACUACUACCUGCCAACCUAUUCGGACAUGAACGGGAACUUGAACCUCGUUUAUGGAGUUAAUAUGCCACCAACGAUACAAACGAAUCCACACUUUGAUACGCGUUUGCCUAGAUCACUAUCCACCAAUGCACUCAACAAACAAUCAACUGAUCGAAAUCAACGAUUCAAAAAGGCGGGAAGCGUAAUUAACCUAGCUAAGAAGUUGCUAUCCUCCGGAAAAACGCAAAAUACUUCGCGAGAUCCGGAUAAUCAGAGUACGACUCAGAAGCUCAAGUCGCUGCUGUCAACAAUGAAUCCAAAAGGAGGACAAGAUAGACUCACACCAGCAAGUGUCAGCGAAAACUGUAGUGAAAUUUACAACCCGAUAACUGGAUCGACUGCAGUGUGACUUUUCAAUAGCCCAAAUUUGAAUUUUUUUCAUAUGGCUAUUAUCCUGGAUUUGAGUUGAAUUUUCGACUUGAUUGUAAUUUGUCCUACGUCCAGGAGAAGGCAUAUUUAUCAUGUGCUGAACAAAUGGUCGGGCUCGAUCUUAGAAACAGGUUCUCUUUCGUAUCGAACUCACUAAGAACGGGUUCCCACAUUUCGGAAAUGUAUGUAUGUCACUGCGUAAGCUACAAUAACAUGGAACGCUUAGCAUAAAUUGAAUAUAUAACCUUUAAAACGUUAAAUAUAACGCUGGUCGUCAACUGUGGUGCAUCAAAAACAAGGACAGGUUCUUGCGAAACCCCUGGAUCCCACCACUGUGCAUAACAAACACUUCAAUUAUAAUCGUGGUUGUGCGAAUCAAUCCUGUCUUCGAUAUUAUUAAUAUCUUAGAAUAUUCAUUUUAUUCAGAAAGAUUUAAUAGAUAACACCAAUGAAAGAUGUUCGAUUUUUAUGAGGCCUAAUAUAUAGGGUGUCCAUCAUACGAUAUAUAUAUAUUAAAUUUUUUUAAAUCGCAAAGGGAAUUUAUCGAUACCAUAUAUAUAUUGCUUUGGCCAUCACAGAUGUAUUAAAUGGAGUUAAAAUACUUAAUUUGAAUUGUAAAGGGACUUUAUGGACAUCCUUUAUAUUUAAGUCAGGGAGGAUAUUUUAAUAUAGUGUUUUCACCACGUAUUAGUAAUAAUUACGAAUUGCCAGUUACGUGGCUUCCAAAUUAGCCCCACCCUGGUACUUGGCACUUACUGUAUGCCAUAUCAUCAGCGAAUUUUUUUUAAUGUGUAAUAUUGUCCUAUUGAAUUUCCUAUGUUUUGCUAUUUUGAAGUAUGUCAAUAUACCUUAAUAUCAUUUUGCGUUGAAUUUCUUGGCGUGGGAGCUUUUUGUAUUAUGUGAUAAUAAAAUAGGAAUUAACUGUACGCGUUGAAGAAUAAAGCAAGUAAUAUAUAUCUAUAUCCAUCAUAAAAGGUUACGAUUAAAGGUUUGAAUAAAAACAACA